AUGGCUAGUUUUAGGUUUUGGUUUUGCUUAAUUCUUGUCUUGCUUUCAUGUCCUCGCUCUGAAAGUCGUCCACUAGAGCCAUCUUCACAGAAGAGAAGGGAGACAAUGAUGGAAACUGCCCGAGAGAUUAUAAAGGAACGAUUGAGACAUGCAAUCAAUUGCAGUAAUAUCGGUUAUGGAUAUGAUGGUGGUCGUGACAGUGGAUACAGUGGUGGUGACCGUGGAGGUGGUGGUUACGGUGGUGGUGGCUAUAGAAGAGGUGGUGGAGGAAAGAGAGGAACUAGAAGAAGAAGAAGAUUGCACAUCCAGAGGAUUAGAAAUUAUAGGGGAAGAUGGUUGCAAGGAGAUAAUAAUGUUGCAAAGGCUGCUGUCAAAUAUUACAAGAAGCAAUUCAAUUUAAAUCUGAAAAACAGAAACAGCAGUAUUCUUGAUUGUAUUCCUGAAAUCAUCACAGCGCAGAAUAAUGACAUGCUGACCAGACUACCAAAUGAGGAAGAAAUUAAGCAAGCAGUUUUCAGUAUGAGCAAAGAAAGUUCGACAGGACCUGAUGGAUACAAUGGUAUGUUUUUUCAAUCUUGCUGGACUAUUAUUAAAGCUGAUCUUAUUGCCUUUGUUCAUGAAUUCCUCUCUGGUAAAUUGUUGAAUCCUUUGUUAUAUGUCCUUAUUUCUGAAAACCAAAGUGGAUUUGUUUCUGGUAGAUCAAUCACAGAUAAUGUGAUGCUUACUCAGGAAAUAGUCCAUGGUAUUUCUAAAACUAACAACGGUGGAAAUGUGGUUUUAAAGCUGGAUAUGGCUAAAGCCUAUGAUAUGCUAUCAUGGACCUUUCUUCAAAAAGUGUUAAACAAGUUUGGUUUCUGUUUGGAGAAGUAUCUCCAAUGUGUGGGUGAUCCCAUCUCACCUUCUCUUUUUAUCAUUGCUGCUGAGGUUCUUUCCAGAUCUCUCAAUAACUUGUUGAAAAAUCCUGAUUUCACCCCUUUUUCCAUGCAUAAAAAUGGUCCUCAGAUUGUUGAUUUAGCUUAUGCUGAUGAUAUUGUCAUCUUUAGUAGUGGUAAUUCAAAAUCCAUUAAGUUGAUCAUGAAUCUGAUUAAAAAAUAUGAGACUGUCUCUGGUCAAAUGGUCAAUAAGGACAAAAGUUUUUUCCUCACUGACCCUAAAACUUGUGCUUAUAGGAUUAAUAGGAUCAGAGUCAAAACUGGUUUUUUGGAUAAAAAUUUUCCUUUUACUUACCUUGGUUGCCCUAUAUAUAUUGGUAAAAAAAGGUUGUCAUAUUUUGAUAACAUGCUUGCUAAGAUCAUUAAGCGGUUAAAUGCUUGGCAAGGUAAUAUGCUCUCAUGUGGUGGUAGACAGGUCCUUAUAACAUCUGUUAUUCAGUCUCUGCCCAUUUAUAUGCUAUCUGCUAUUAACCCCCCUAAGGGCACCUUGGAGCUUAUUGAGAAACAUAUUGUGAAUUUCUUUUGGGGUGCUAUCAAUGGUAAAAACAAAUACCACUGGACAUCAUGGGAAAAACUGUGUUUUCCCAAAAAUGAGGCAGGUAUUGGCAUUAGAAGUAUGGAUGACAUCUCAAAGACUCUAACUGUUAAAAGAUGGUGGCAUUUCAGAGUUAGUAAAUCAAUAUGGGCUGAUUUUUUAGUGGCUAAAUACUGCCCUAGAAUGUACCCUAUUGGGAAAAAAUGGUGUUCUCACAAUUCACAAGCAUGGAAACAUCUCUUGUGGGCUAGAAACAAAUGUGAAAAUCUCAUCACUUGGAAGAUCAAUAAUGGAAACUGCAAUUUUUGGUGGGACAACUGGACUGAAUUGGGACCUUUGGCAAAGCUCUGUCCAAAUCACAUGAAUAGAAAAAAUUCCAAAAAGAGAGUCAGGGAUUUCAUGAUUGAUAACAGAUGGGACCCUCAAAAGUUGUAUAACACUCUCCCUAGUCAAAUUGCACUUCACAUUCUAUCCAUUGAAGUGGGGCAGAACAACAAGGAGGACUAUGCUAUUUGGAAUGCUACGAAGGAUGGUCACUUCACAAAUGGUUCUGCCUGGAAUCUAAUUAGAAGUCAUAGACCCGUUUAUGGCACUAUGAAGAACAUAUGGCACAAAUCCAUCCCUUUCAAGCAAUCCUUCAUGUUUGGCUCUCAGGAUGACAAUGAUUGUAUGUGCUGUUUUGUACCAAAAACUGAAACUUUGCAACAUGUUUUUGUCGAAGGAAGAGUUGCUGAAUAUAUCUGGAAAGCAGUGGGGCAGUGGGCAAUCCUUUGGGAAUUAUUCAUCACCAGAUCCCAAUCAGGGGGUUACUUAAUGAAUGGUGGAAAAAGAAAGCUAAUAGUAAAGUUCACAAGCUGGUUUUACAAGCUGCUCCCAUCAUGGUAUGUUGGGAAAUCUGGAAAUCUUGGGUAG